AUGCUCGUCGGUCUAUCCAAGCCCGAACUCAUCUUUGUGAGGGUUUCGGCCGCGCUGCUGAUCUACCCUGGCCUGAUAUGCUUCGCCUAUUUCGUGCUGGCCGCCCUGGCAGGCGGCGUGCCGGCGAUCGCGCAUCCAUUUUCGAUCUUGAUUGAAGUAUACGGAGCCAUCGAGAUCCUCUGGUAUGUCUUCUGGUUCCUGCCGUUCAAGCACCGGCUCCAGAAGCGCGGUCUCGUGCCUGCGCGGAUGACGAAGGAGGAGAGAAAGGAAUUGUUCACAAAGGGCAUGAGCACUGCGCCGGACCUUGAGACGUAUGUGCGUGGUUGGUUCAACAAGGCACACAUGGAAGAUAGCCGGAGGGACAACCUGAAAGAGUGGCUGCUCUGGAGUCUUUUUGGCCGGGACGGAAAGUUCGGCGACGACACAGCCGAGCUGGACGAGUAUAUCCAGGAGCUGGAAGAGCGUAUGAUGAUGACGUUCAGGAAAGGACGAGGGGAUGCGAAGGCGCUGAGAUUGAGCUUCGACCCGAUCAAAAUGACACAUCGUAGCCUGUUGUUUUAUUCGAUCACUGGCUUCGCCGACCUUCUCACGACACUGUUCCUCUUCUCCAGAGGCUUCAAAUUCUACCGCCAACCGCGAAAUACCUUUUUCAGUGUCUUCCCAUUCCGACCCAUGACCCUGUUUUCUUCAACCCAGUCCGUAGCGUCAGACAUGUCCUAUUUCUACCGCCCGCACACUUCAAAAAGGCAGCGGCCUAUUGUAUUCAUUCACGGCAUUGGUAUCGGCGUGACACCCUACCUCGUGUGGCUGAACUCAGUCCCCAGAGACGUGGGCGUAAUCGCGAUCGAGCUCCUCGCAGUGUCGAACAAGAUCUGCCCGCCGAUGCCGUCGUCGGGCGAGCUGGUGGACUCGAUCAGCAAGAUCCUGGCGCAGCACGGCACCGAGUACAACAGCUUCGUGCUCGUAGGCAACUCGUACGGGACGCUGCUGAUCUCUCCGAUGCUGGGGCGGGCCAGGCUCAGGGACAAGAUCGACUCGGUGGUCCUGGUCGACCCGGUCUCGCUCCUGUUACACCUGCCGGACGUGGCGUGGAACUUCACGAGGCGGCGGCCGCGCACGGGACCGGAAUGGGAGAUCUACUACGGCGCCGCCACAGACCCGAUGGUAGCGCACACACUGGCGCGCAGGUUCGACUUCCGCGACGCGAUGCUGUGGCGCGAGCAGCUGCUGGGCCGGCGGGCGACGGUCAUCCUAGGUGGUCGCGACUGUGUCACGCACCCGGCGGCGGUGGCUAGCUACGUGUACUAUGGGGACGUAGAGAUCCACGACUUCGCGGAGGAGCGCGCCGAGGCGUGGAAGGCCACGCCGGAGACGUGGACGGGCCAGUGGGAGCUGGAGCUGAUGUACCUCGACGGCCUGGACCACGGGCAGGCGUUCCUGAAGCCGGGGUACGUGCCCGUCGUGCAGAAGGUGGUGGACACGUACUGUUGGAGGGAUGCGCCGGGUGGCGAGUUCAGGAAGAGCGCCGGCGGGGGUUACGAGAGCGGUUGAAGGGUGUUCGGCAGAUGGCAGAUGGCAGAAGGUGCACUCCGGGGGUUCCUGUGGCGUGGUCUGAAACAGAAACGGGCAAUCAUAACGAGCUGCGAAUAACCUCACCCCUGCUGAGACGUGAAAGCUGGCAGGCGAAUCGGGACAGAGCUGUCAGUGGUGAACCGAGUUGCGGGAGGCGGCCCUACCAAGCAGCAACCAAGAUGCCAGCGCCGAUCACAUGGAUCAGCGAAUCUGGAGCUGCGACGGGGGCGGUGCGAGACGGGAGAUUGAGAGCGUGCAAAGCCCUGGCCUCGACUUUGUGGAGCGUGGAUUGUUUACGCAGGCACAUGUGUGACGGCAUAUGAGAGGGUACGAGGGCACGAGGGCACGAGGGCCGUCCGAGUGCCAAUGACGUCGGGGCCCCUCGCAUCGAAUCUCUCACGGUGUCAAUCUUCAUCUUGGAAGAGGACCGUACUUGAUCAGACGGAACUUGCCUAUCAAAC